UAAAUACCGGCGACUGAGGUCUCAAAUGAUUCAAGACUUGUAUUCGCAGCGAAUCUUAGGCGCCGUCGAAGAACACGGAUUCAAAUACGAGCUCUUCAUGUCUUGUUUAACCAAAUGUGGGGUCGAACUGAACCGCAAAUCGUUGUCUAAUUUAGCCGUUUAUGAACCGAAGACUUUUGAGAGUUUAGUAGAUUUGGCCAAAACUAAGCUCAGAGAAGAAGCAGAUUCUGAGAUCGCAAUCAAUACUAAACCUGUCGAUGGAGUGAUAACUCGAGGAAUGCUGUGAGUUGUCCCACAGUUUUGAUAAGAAAUCAGAUUAUAUUUGGUAUAAAAUGGUUUUUAUUAAGUCAUGAAAUGAUG